AUGUGUGCUGUAGGUGUGGCGAACGGGGGAGGGGAUCACAUGGACCCUCCCGAGGACAACAGGACUAGUACUGAAAACGGUCCCUGUAAGUGGUGGUUCAUUUCUCCACGUCUCUGUCAACGUUUCCGUACACCACGAUGGUUGCUGUUCGUCCUGUGCUGCGCGAGUUUCAUUCAGAUGAUGGCCGUCAGUGGAUUUGUAAAUGUGGUAAUAUCUUCCAUUGAAAGACGUUAUGAUCUGACUAGUGCUGAGUCAGGACUAGUGGCUAGUGCGUAUGAUAUUUCCUCUGCCAUUCUCAUCCUUCCAGUCAGCUAUUUUGGAGGUCUCGGAUCAAAACCACGUUACAUUGGCCUUGGAUUUUUACUCUUUGGACUUUCCUGUAUCCUGUUUGCUUUUCCUCACUUUCUGUCUGGGUUGUACAACUCGGGAAUAGAUUACGGUGGGUUAUGUAUGCUGGGAAGUUCUGCCACAUCGUCAUGUGUUGGGGACCACAUUACGACAUUGUCGAACUACAAGUACAUGUUCUAUGCCUCUAUGAUCCUCAUGGGAGCUGGGACCACUCCACUGUACACCUUGGCGACGGCCUUCAUUGAGGAGAGUGUGCCAGUGCGAUCUUCCUCAUUCUACCUUGGUAUCUAUUAUGGAGCCAGUAUCCUCGGUCCAGCCCUUGGGUUCCUAUUGGGCGGUUUGCUGUUGGAUGUUUACGUGGAUUUUAAUGUUGUAGAUUUGGACAGUGUGACGAUUGACUCCACAAGUUCCCGAUUUGUAGGGGCGUGGUGGGUUGGUUUUGUAGUGUGUGGAGUGCUGGCUGUCAUCAUCACCAUCCCCAUAGCAGGCUUUCCACCUGUACUACCAAAUUCAGCACAGUACAUGGCAGAACGACGUAAGGAAGUGUACAAAAACAAGGAAAAACCACAAGAUGAUGUGCCACGUAAAAUCAGUCUCAUCAAUGUUUGGAAAUCACUUAAGCUCUUGAUUACUAAUCCCACCUACGUGUUCCUGAGCUUAGGUACAGCAGUAGAUGGAUUACUGUUGGUGGGUAUUUCAACCUUCAUCCCUAAGUUUAUAGAGAUACAGUUUGGCCUGCCGUCCUCCACUGCUGCCCUCUAUGUUGGUUUUAUUGCUGUCCCCGGGGGAGCGGGCGGUACCCUACUGGGAGGAUACAUCAUCAAGAGAUUUGACAUGGAUGUCAAAAGAAUACUACAGGUGACCAUGGCUGCUGUCGCAGGAAGUUUUUUCUUUGGCCUCGUCCUCAUAAUCAGCUGUCCUAGCAUUCCUUUGGCUGGAGUCAAUAUUCUCUAUGGAAGUACUGAUGUAAAAAGUACAUCAUUCCUUGGAAGUUUUGUGGGGGACAGUUGUCAUAAUAACUGUGGAUGUAGCCAGGAAGAGUUCAGCCCUAUCUGUGGUCGUGACGGACUGACUUAUUACUCACCAUGCUAUGCUGGCUGUCAGACUAUGGUCAAGGAUGGAGAGGAUUUGCAAUAUUACAACUGUACAUGUGUAGGAAAUGGAACGACUGAUUACCAGGCAGUGCUCAACAAAUGUAAACCAGAAUGUCCUUACCUUCCUGUGUUUAUGGUUAUAUUACUAGGCAUUGUGUUGCUGACAUUUUUCAGCUCUAUGCCGUUUCUCACUGCCAGUCUAAGGUGUGUUCCCCCUGACGAGCGGUCCUUUGCUCUGGGAAUUCAACUUUGUGUCACAAAGUGUCUUGGUUUCAUUCCUGGUCCUAUUCUGUUUGGAUGGCUGAUAGAUCUGUCCUGUUUAAUCUGGAACACAAAAUGUGGCGAGAAAGGUUCCUGUUUUUUCUAUGAUAACAAGAAAAUGAGUAACAAUCUAUUAGCCAUUGUCCUUGUGGCCAAAGCAGUGACAACAAUACUGACCGUCAUCGCCUACCUGUGUUAUAAUAAAGGACGUGUAAGUGAAACAGAUAAUGAACAGGAAACGAACGGUAGACCUGUAAGUCAGUUCUCCUCACAAGAGACGGGAAUGUCGGAAAUUUCUAAAGAUUCUUUGCCAAUAGAUUUUAAAGAUUCUACGAAAGUAGGGACAAUCAACAAUGGAUAUACUUCAGAACCCGUGGAAACAAGACCUGAUGAUGUCAAUAUAACAAAAAUACAAUUGGACACUUCAGAUCCAGUUUUUGUAGAUACAACAAAUUCCAAACCUGCUUCAACAAUAGAUCCAGUUAGUGAAUCACAUACAGAGUCCUACACUACAGAAUUGUAG